CGGGGCGAAAAUAUAUCGCUGGUUACCCUAAUGCAUGUAAUUUUUUUUCUUUUAUAAUUUCCUAUAAAAUACCGAGUCACGGCCGAUUUUGUCGGCAUACUCCCAUCGACUGCGCCAAGAAUCAUUACAUUCGUUCAAGACUGCGGGUCCUCCCACGAACCGAACGGCAUGAAGCUGGCAAUCACCGCCGCUCUCUCAGCGGCUUUCGUCGCACUGCUUCUGGGAGAGGUGCAGGGAUACAUUUUCGACCAAAUACUUUGGAUGUCCGACGACUGUUGGGUGGAGUGCACUGGGAAUUCCACCUUCUGCGCCGAUGACGGCCAGACCUACGAAGACUGCUCUAAAGAUUAUUUAUUCAGAUGCUACUACAAUGGCACCCGAAAGAUAUACGACCGUCCCUGCCCCACAGACUGGAAUGAAACCUACGUUACGGAGCGAGACACAAUACAAGAACCUAUCGCGUACGAAUCUUGGUUGGACUACUAAUCAUUCCAGAUUCCCCGUCUACGAUGACCUGAGCAUCUCACCAUUAGAUUAUUUCAGCACAGAGGCAUUUGAUAUCAUCCCAGAUCUGUCUCCAGUCACAUCAUGUUUAUCCACAUACACUUGGAUUUUUGCUGGUAUGGCACCAGGACCAACAUAUAAUGAAUGUAGUUGUAUGUGUAAAAUUCCCCUAAUCAUAGCCAUGAGGUAUUGACUGAAAUGCCUGUUGCCAAAGCCAUAAAUAAAUAUAAUA